UGAGCUCUGGCCUCUACCUUUCACAAAAAAGAAAAGAAGUUGGUAAGUCUUAGGACAGACAUAAAUAUAAACUUGCCACGAUAAACAAAGUAUCGGAAUAGCCGGACACACAGGACCGAUCUGGAGAGCUGUUCCUGUUCUGAUAUAGCCUUUGGAACAGUACCAAAACCACCGCAACAUCUAUCCCAAAAAAAAAAACCCCACUGCAACAGCAGUGGAGUGGAGCGCAUCAAGUUCAUCAGCCUCCUCGCACACACUUCUCACUUCUUCGGUCCUCACGGAGAAGGGAAUGGGCAUGGGAAGAAGAAGCAGCUUUUGGACAAGAAAAGAAGGCAAAGGUAUCGGCAGGUCAAAGCUUUAGUAGGUGAUCAACUCCUCUGCAACAACUCCAGGCUCCUCUUGUUGUGGAUUGUUUCUCUGUAAGACUUUCAGCGGUUGAAUUGGCUAGCCUCACCUGUGCAAGCUCACAAUGGAGCAGGUCUUCUUGAGCUCAGUGGCGGAGACCUGCGGAGGAGCUGUAGCCGUGUAGCCCCCUUCCUAAUUAGCAAUGCAUCACAGCCGCUCCAAGAGUGAUUCUAUCAGAAUGCUCGGAAUGGAUAGCGUGGAUUCGUCUUCUCCGAGAUGCCAUGCUCAGAAUCAGCAGGAUGCCGGAGAACUGAAGGAUCAGAACAGCACCAGUAAGAUGCCGUCCCAUAAUACUGAGCUUCCUUGCUCUUUGAAGCGAGAGGUUCAAAUCCUUGAGAAGCGACUAAAUGAUCAAUUUGUUAUGCGUCGUGCUCUAGAGAAAGCAUUAGGUUACAAGCCUUGUGCUAUUCAUUCAUCAAAUGAGAGCUCCAUUCCGAAGCCAACUGAGGAGCUAAUAAAGGAGAUUGCAGUACUAGAGCUAGAGGUCAUAUGCUUGGAGCAGCAUCUCCUAACACUCUACCGAAAGGCCUUUGAACAACAAUUUUGCACUGCACAUUCUGCUCGUGACAUGGAAAGUAACAAGGAACCAUCAAGGUCUUUUUCAGGCAUACUAUCAGAAGCUUCAGAGCUCGAUUUCUCAACCCCAAGGAAGCACAAACUGGUGCAGUCCAGUCGAAUGGUCCUGGCACGCAAGUCGACACCAACAACUUCUACAAGCGAAACCAGCAUUUCACAGCCCCAUGAAAAGAUCAGUAUUGGACGCAGUCAUUCCUCACUCCUGCACCGUUCUAUUUGCUCAGCUAGAGUUUCUCCUUCAGCAAAUAAUCUUGCUAGAGCUCUGAAACCAUGCCACACUUCGCCUCUAUCUUUCGUUGAGGAAGGGAAGUGCAUGGAUCCUAGCAUAGUAAGCUUGGCAGAUAUCUUGGGGACCAGGGUUGCAGAUCAUGUUCCUCAAACGCCUAACAAGAUAUCGGAGGACAUGAUCAAAUGCAUUGCUGCCAUAUACAUAAGGCUCAGAGAUGUUCCUUCCGUGCAACAUGCCUUCUUCCCCUCACCAUGCUCAUCAUUUUCAUCGGCGAGUGGACUCCCAUCGAAAUAUACUGCAGAUAUAUGGAGCCCCAGAUGCAGGAAAGAAAGCUUCAUUGAGGCGUGGCAGGACAAUGCAUUAGGCACCGGUGAAUCAAGGGAGUUGGGUCUGCAAUAUGAUUCUGUAGUUGAGAUAUCUGCUCUUUGCAAGGGAGAUCAGAGGUCUGCUGAUGUUAAAGAUAUGUUGCGCAAAUAUAAGUCACUUGUACAGCUGCUAGAAACUGUUGAUCUCAGUGGAAUGAAAAAUGAAGAGAAGCUUGCUUUCUGGAUUAAUGUGCAUAAUGCCAUGAUGAUGCAUGCCCAUAUCGAAUACGGCAUUCCGCAGAGUAACGGCAAGAGAAUAUUGCUUACCAAGGUAUCCUACAUCAUUAGUGGUCAAAGAGUAAACGCGGAGUUGAUAGAGUACCAGAUCUUGUGCUGCCGAGCUCACUCUUCAGGACAGUGGCUUAGACUGCUGCUGUACCCGAGAUGGAAGUCCAGAGACAAGGACGAGCUGCAAGGCUUCGCCGUCGACCGCCCCGAGCCGCUGGUGCACUUCGCGCUCUCCUCCGGAAGCUACUCGGACCCAGUGGUGCGGCUGUACAGCCCGAAGAGCUUGUUCCGGCAGCUGGAGGCGGCGAAGGAAGAGUACAUCCGCGCCAACGUCGGCGUCCGCGGCCGGGGGCAGCGCAAAAUCAUCCUCCCGAAGAACCUCGACUCGUACGCGAGGGACGCCGGCCUGGGCGCGCAGGAGGUGGUGAGCAUGGUGGAGUCCCACCUGCCCGAGGAGCUCCGGGCGGGCGUGCGCCGGUGCCAGCAGUUCGGGAGACCCCGCAGCAGGGGCGGCGCGGGCGUGGAGUGGAAGCCCCACAACCUGGCGUUCCGGUACCUGUUGGCCAAGGAGCUGGUCGGCUCCCCCGCGUGCAGCAGGCAGCUUGAAAAAAGCGGCCCGGUUGGUCCGCUGCGUGCUGAUGUGUGAUGUGACCACCGUGGCCGUGCCGAGCGGAGCCCGAAGGUGUAACGAGAUUUAUGAUGUGCGUGAGCUGCGUGCCACUCUUUCGGGCAGGCUGGGGUAUGUAUGUACAGAGAGAUGGACAGAAAAUACUAGUAUCUGAUUUAGCAUGUAUGUGCUCUGUUGUCAAUACCCACAGAUGAAGUUCCCUGGAAAAAUCUUCGGUGCAAACAA